AAAUAAUUUCGAAGUGUAUGUGAUCAAAGAAAUUCAAGGGAAAUAAAGAAAGAUUUUGUUUUGAUGAAACAAAGAACUGCACAACAUUAGUGUUUACAAAAACUUCAUGAUAAACGUAGAAAAUACCAUGAAAAUGGAAACAAAUGACAGUGAACGUAAUGAGAAGAAAGAGAUAGAGAUAAUAGAGACGAUGGAGAAGUUCGGCAGGUAUCAGAUGCUGCAGUACUUCUUGAUCUGCCUACAAGCUGUUGCCGUCACCAUGUUCAAUGUUAACUAUGUGUUCGUCGCUGGAGACAUUAAUUAUAGAUGCCGUAUACCAGAAUGUGAUGAUCAAUAUCCAGUGUACAAUACAUCAUGGUGGCCGAACAAGAACAUAGACAGAUGUACGAGGCCACUGGUCAAGGAACUUACAGGGGGAUCGUGCACCAAUGACAGUUUCACUGAGGCUGUCGCAGUCUGCACGGAAUGGGUGUACGAAACCAAUGAAACUGUUGUUGCUGAGCUGGAUCUCGCGUGUCAGCCGUGGAAGAUAAAUCUGAUCGGCACAAUGCACAACAUUGGCAUGUCUCUCGCAAUGAUGGCCUCUGGAUGGCUGUGUGAUAGAUUCGGUCGUAUGCCAACAUUGAUCAUGUGCUCGGUUGGAAGCUGCGUCGGUCUGUUGAAAAUUUUCACGACCACCUACUCUGUGUACGUGGUGAUAGAAAUGCUAGAAGCCACAAUCUCUAGCGGAGCGUACACGGCUGGCAUGGUAUUAAUGAUAGAAAUCGGUGGUAAAAACAACAGAGUUUUAGCUGGAGUUAUAUUCGCUUAUGCUGUUUACCUUGGAGAGACGUUGUACGCUAUUAUUGCAAUGUUCCUGCCUUACUGGAAACAUCUCGUUGCUGCUAUUUAUAGCCCUUCAAUAGCAUUCGUCUUAUUAAUAUUUGUUCUCAAAGAAAGUCCUCGAUGGCAAUUACUGAAUGAUAAAACUGAACGUGCUAAGAAUACACUAUUACUUGUAGCAAAAGUUAACAAAGUAAAUAUUGAUAGAGAGAAAUUGCUUCAUAUGAAUGCAGAGGAUUUAAAAAAGGAAUAUAAUAUAAACAGUUAUGAAGAGAGAGAAGGUUUUAUGGCUAUAUUUAAAUCUAGAGAGAUGAUAAAGAGAGCGAUAGUCGCUGCGUUUUGUAAGUUCACGGUUGGCUUUGUGUAUUAUGGCUUGAUGAUUAACUCCGUCUUUUUACCUGGCAACAAACAUACUAAUUUCAUGUUGGCCACCACCAUGUCGUUCCCCGGCGAGCUGAUAUCGUUGUACUCAAUGAAUAAAAUCGGAAGAAAAUAUCCGUUAAUAUUUGGGUUCUUAUUAUGUGGUGUUUUCUGCGUUGUGACUGGCUGGAUACCUGAAGAUUACACUUGGCUUAAAAUAACCGUAUUCCUAUUGGGUAAGCUGAUAGUAUCAGUAUGUUACACUGGAGUGAUCACCUAUACCAUGGAACUCUUCCCCACAAGCGUGAGAGGCACCUUGCUGGGAGUGUGUUCUGUCAGUGCCGCGUUUGGUAGUAUGUUGGCACCCCUCACUCCUAUAUUAAAUUCCGUGUCUGUGGUUCUUCCAUCAAUGAUCUUCGGAAUAACCGCCAUUGUCUCUGGCAUUCUUCUGACGAGGACGCCGGAGACCAAAGACGUGCCUCUCAUGGACACCAUCGACCAAGUGGAGAAAGCUCGAGUAAAGGCACUUCGAGAUGCAAACGUACAAGGCGAAGAUAAUGAUGCAUUUAAUAAAAAUAUCAACGAAUAAUAGACAACACUUUUAUUUGAAACGCUAAACUACGCAAGAAGUUAAUAAUAGCACUGUUUGUUAACUAAAAAAACAAGAAACCAGCUGACUGUUCAAAGUUCGUAAUCAUUUGUUAAAUUACUAAUAUUUCUUGAAGCCAUUUCAGGUUAGCUCUAGGGUUGUGCUAGCACACGGCUAACGAUAAUAGUAGGAUUCGAAUCCACGACUGAGAUCCGUACUCUUAGGUUAUUUACGCUUCAUGCUAAUUGAAC